UUUGAUGUAAACAACAUGGGUUUUCUGUCCAAAUCUGUUAAUCUUCCUUUGUUUUGAACAACUGAACAAGUCCACAUUCAUAGAUAUAUCAAAGCAUACUUAGAAUAAUAUUUUCGUUGACACUUUUGUACCGGAAUAAUUUAAUUACGGCGAGAAUUCACACUUUUUAUGUGCUAGAUUGAAACAUUUUCGGAAGAAAAUAAUAAACUAUGGUUGCUAUGUGAAUACAGCUACACACUAACGAUAUAAAUGACCAAUCUGUAUAUUAAAUGAAGUUUUAUUGAACCAGAAAUCUGUUCAAGAUGAGUUCCCCUUUACACAGUUUGAAAAAAGGUCCCAAAUCACGAAUGUUUGUCGGAACUGGAUUAAGUUUAGACUCGAUAAGUCAACGACCGGUUCCAUUUCGACAACCUCACUACACGGAAGAUGAAACUAAAUUAUUAGAUGAAAUAACAACAAAUAUUGCCACAAGUAGAAUAAAAACCCACAAUGCACAUGGUACAUCAGGAAACACUGGACCAUCACCUUUACCAGCUGGAUCUGGACUACCUAAAAUAUCACGACUUGGACAUCCAGGUUCAUCUAUGUCUAAUCAUUCAAACACUUCUUCGGGAGCACCGAGUGAUAAAGAUCUGAUGAGUUUGAUGAUGAAUAAAAUAACUUUAUUAGAACAAAGAGUGCAAUAUCAGAAUAAAGAUAUAGUUGAUAAGGAUAAAAGAAUCCAUAUUUUAGAAGAAAAGUUAAAAAUCUUGAAAAAAGCCAGUGAUAGUAGUGAACCUAGUCGACCCCGGGAACUGGAGAAAAAAUGCCUACUUUUAAAACAACAGAUACAUGAAAUGGAGACAUUUUUAAGUGAUUAUGGGAUGGUAUGGUUAGGUGACAAAUCAUCCGAAGAAUCAGAAGUUUAUCUUGAGGAAGAGGAGGGGGAAGUAGAGGAAGAGGGGGAGGAAGAAGACAGCAGUACAGAUGAUGGGGGAAUCAUGUGGAGACCAGGAUCUUCAGUGUCAUCAGUUCGUCCAUUUCAAAUCAACUUUGAUCAGUUGAUAGAAAACAUCAAAGAUUUAAACAUCCUGGCUGGAGAAGGCCUUGCCAAAGUUACUAAAACAACAGAUGGAGCCAGGUUAAAGAUACCAGAGGCAGUACCUAUAACUCUGUUUAAUACUAUGUAA